AUGCUUGACAGAUCCCAACCCCGUUUUUGCUUCUUUCUUCCAAACAUUUUUCCGCUCUUAAAUUUAAAAAAAAAAUUUAUUUUUAUCUUUUUUUUCUUUUUCACCCGUUUCUUUUAUUCAUUUGAUUAUCACGGUGAUUAUUACUUUCUUUUCAUCACCGUGGUUUUAUCUAUCUAUCUAUCUAUCUAUCUAUCUAUCUAUCUAUUUACUCGGGUUUUUAAAUAUCUAAACCUGUUACUAGCUUUAUCUCUUUCUUUAUAUAUAAAUAUGAUUGUGUAUCUAUCCGCUUCAUUCGCUUUACAACUGAUCAUGUCACCUAUCUAUCUAUCUAUCUAUCUAUCUAUCUAUCUAUCUAUCUAUCUAUCUAUCUAUCUAUCUUUUUUAAGCAGUGACUUCUUGUAUACAUUCGUAUAUGGAAUUCAUUUCGUUAUCAUUUGCUUCUUACAUAUCUAUCUAUCUAUCUAUCUAUCUAUCUAUCUAGCAAGCAAGCUAUCUAGCAAGCAAGCUAUCUAUAUUUGCAUAUCCUAUUCUUCCUAUCUCUCUAUCUAUCUAUCUGCAUUCGCAUAUCCUAUUCCUUUCCUAUCUAUCUAUCUAUCUAUCUAUCUAUCUAUCUAUCUAUCUAUCUAUUUAAAGCCUUUGACAAAGAAGGAUGCUUGCUAUCUAUCUAUCUAUCUAUCUAUCUAUCUAUCUAUCUAUCUAUCUAUCUGUCUGACCCGGACCAUAACACUAUCUAUCUAUCUAUCUAUCUAUCUAUCUAUCUAUCUAUCUAUCUAUCUAUCUUGGGAUAUCCUAUUCCUUUCCUAUCUAUCUAUCUAUCUAUCUAUCUAUCUAUCUAUCUAUCUAUCUAUCUAUCUAUCUAAUAUGUAA